GUUACAAAGCUAUCUCGCUAGUUCAACGCAUGCGCACUUCAGAUAUCAAACUUGGACGAAGGAACAGUGGCAGCUGAAAGUUUUGUGUACAUAAAAAAUCGCGUAUAUUUUUGUAUAUAUUUGUAUUUAUUUGAUAAAGACAGUGCAAAAUGAACAACAAAUUCGAAGCAUUGAAAGACGAUGACAGCGGAGAAGAUAAAGAUGAGGACAAGGAUGAGAAUGGGGAGAGUAGAAGACAGCAAAGCCCCAGACCAAUCCAGAAGGCUGGCCCAGGAGAACACCCACUCCAGUUCAACUAUUCCAUAUGGUUCUCAAGACGGUCUCCUGGAAAACAGCAGAACUCCACAAACUACGAACAGAAUAUUAAACUAGUCGGGACUUUUGCCUCAGUGGAGCAGUUUUGGAGGUUCUACAGCCACAUGGUUCGACCAGGAGACCUGUCAGGCCACAGCGACUUCCAUCUCUUCAAGGAAGGGAUUAAGCCUAUGUGGGAGGAUGAAGCUAACAAAGAUGGUGGAAAGUGGAUUGUUCGUCUACGGAAGGGCCUGGCCUCGCGCUGCUGGGAGAACCUGAUCCUCGCAAUGCUAGGGGAACAGUUCAUGGUGGGGGAGGAGAUCUGUGGGGCUGUCAUCUCCAUACGCUUCCAGGAGGAUAUUGUUUCUGUGUGGAACAAGACAGCCUCAGACCAUGCAACAACAACGCGUAUUCGAGACACCCUGCGCCGGGUGUUGAACCUUCCUCCAAACACUAUUAUGGAGUACAAGGCCCAUCAAGACAGCCUAAAGGACAACUCCAGCUUCCGUAACACCGAUGUGUUCAUGAGAUGAAGCCAUGUGCGUCCACCCCCCACCCCCGGUCUGUAAGGUCCUGGUCACAUCAUCACAACAACAUCACUGUGUAAUUUUUGUAUCAUCAACAGCUACUCAAUAAGACCUUGUAACAUUGGCGUUUAUCGGCAGGAUGUUCGAGAUCUGUCAAACUGUGAGGAUGUGCAUGUGCGUACCCCUCGAAGGCUUGGACAUGGAAAGGUGUACCAUUCUCUAAUGUCCUGAAUGUAAAAUCAUCAGGCAGUUAGCUUAGGAAAUGUUGUUCCUUUUAUGUGUAGACUUCAUGAAAGGUGGUCAAGUCUUUUGGUACUAUGAUCAGAGAGCCUUUUCUGUAAUGAUUGGGUAUAAAACCAAAAUGCCUGCUGUCAAUGUUGUCCGUUUCAUUUCCAAUAAUCGACAUGGACGCAAUGUUGUAUUAGAUUACUCAUGAAUAUUAAAAUGAGUAUUAAAGGAAAUAACUGUGACUUACAAAGUGACAAAUGUUAAGGGUUCCCUUGUGUUGACACAGUUCUAUGUGUCUAUGUGCAUUAUAAGUACCAUGACGCUAAAAUACAAACCAUUGGUACAAAUCUUGGUCGAUCAUGCAGAAGUCAACACCAAACAGACACAGAACAUUGGUAGAACUGGUAUCUGAAAAAUCUUGUUGCCUUUCUUCUCAAUCCUGAAAAUAAUAAAUAAUGUUUGUGAAUAACAAGAUUCUUCAUAAUCAUACACAACCAAUUGUUUUAUUCAACUAACGUUACAGUGACUGUCACCUUCCUCGGCACAAUUCUGACUGGUUCACAUUGCACUGCUGUGUUGCUGCUUACAAGUGUGGUCCCAAAUGUAGGUAGUUUACAUUGCAGUCCCAAGCAUAAAGGAGUGUGUUAUGUGUAUGUAUAUCUGUCACGUUUGGGACAGCAUUUGUAGCAGCGACACCUAUGCUGUAGUGCAAUGUGAACCAAUCAGAUUUGCACUAGAUAGACCAAAACAUCGAUAGAAUAAAACACUUAGUUGUGAACAAGGAAUCUAGUUAUUCAGUGACUUACCACAUUAGCGAAACUGUUCAAGAAAUCAAAUAUGGUUUGUGAACUUUUAGAAGGAAUGGUGUAAGGAGACCAUCUUCUGUUGUUGGUUUUGGUUAAAUUCCUAGUAUGAUAGGAAUGGUUUAACUGUACCAUUUUAUUUAAAUUUGGAAUAUUUUUAGCCUUGGAUUUACUGUUUCUAGCUUGUGUUCCCUUCAGGAAGGUAACAACCAUUGCAGACUCAAGCUGGAAAUGACUGAAUACUAGUAAAAAAUUUGUAUCCUGUUUGGCAAUCCCAUAAAAAAAGUGUCCCUUCCAAAGGAAAAGAAAUGGCUCCUGUGGUAUCAAAAGUCCUGAUGUAGCACCCAUCAAUACAGACUGUGCUUGAACAAAAGUUCCUGUUUUACUGUAUCCUUAGAACUGUUUGUUCCCAUCCUAUCCUACCAGUGUUAAUUGAUAGCCAUGAAUCGCCGGCGUGUUCAGGAGUUUCUGUAACAUUCCCUGAGUGCUGCUAGGUUUCUUUUACCCUGGGAAAACCAGACUCCAAAGAGGCAUCGCUGAAAGGGUUACCAAUCCUUAGUACACGCGCGCGCACAACUAUACGCCAGCCCCACUUAAUGUCGGCCACCAACUAUCGGGCGUAUAGUUGCGGGCGCGCAUGUUCUGAGGAUCAGUAACUCUUUCCGUGUCACCUCUUAGGAGUUCGGUUUUCCCAGGGUAGGUUUCCGUAGAAGAUCUAGGGGUCACACAAGGUCAGUUGGACAGAUCCCAGGGGAGCACAUGGCUGAUGCAUGUAUCCUUGUACAUUAUUAAGAAAAAAAGUGCUCAUAUCACCAAUAAAAGUGUGAAA